AUGUCUCAGGAGCAGCAACCACUUUUCACGACAACUCCGCUCAUCAUCGACCAGUCUGCUCAGCAGGUCCCAGCCCAACCCCCUCCCCCAGUGCCAGUAAUCAACCAACCUAUGGGUCCCCUGACUCUGGUCCAAACUCCUCUACCUUCUAGGGGAGCCCCACGGGCAACAUCACAGUGUAACAGGUGCCGUGCACGGACUUCGAAUACAGGGGAUAUCGCGUCCAGAAGGGCACGUAUAUCUUUUACAAUCAAUGGUGAAACAGUUCACGCCGCCGAACUGCGGCAAAUUGGACGUUCUCUUGAAAUAGACACUCAAACGGGGGACGAUGCUUUGACGGGCAUUCGCAAUCGUAGACAUCUUGCCGAGCGGUGGGACAGUCUUGUUGCACGAAUACGACAGAUCGACGGGUUCUUCAAUUUCUUGCAACCAAUGACAUUUGAAGAGUUGCGCGAACCCGUAUUUCAUGGUGGCACUCCCAUUUUCCUGGUCGCUAGCAAAUUCGGCUGCUCUGCGCUCAUCGUGACUCAGAAGCACCCGGUCCGACAUGUACCACUACCGGGCACCUCGCGCGAUCGUCUGAAGAGUAUAGCUCUCGUGCUGCACAAAGCUGUCAGCGUACCAAAGGACCAGCUCGGCACACAGUACCUAGAACGCCUCAUCCGUACAAUCAUCAAUGAGCUAUGGAGGGAUAUUGUUGCGCCGAUUUUGGCGGUGUUGUCCACCCUGCGCUUAGGCUCUCUGCCACGCGUGUGGUGGAUACCCACAGGUCCUCUUGGUCUGUUGCCCAUCCACGCUGCCGUUCCUGCCAAUCCUGACGAGCCUGGCGCACCCGACCUCAUUACCUCGUCGUAUUUGGUUUUGCUGCAGAGUCUCGUGUGGUGCUACCGCAACAUACGCGAUCAUAAUCCUGCCAAGCCACGGCGCGUGCUUAUGGUAGCCCAGCCCAAGGUGGACAACUUUGUAGCGCUCCCCUCCGUUCAAGAGGAACUCACGGGCAUGCGCCAAGCUCUGCCUGAGGACAAGCUCAUUGUUCUCGAAGGCGAAAGAGCAAACCUGGUCAAUGUGACACGCGCGCUGGGAAAGGCGACCUGGAUUCACUUCGCCUGCCACGGCCAUCAAGAGCAAGGCAAUCCGCUCGAAAGCUGCUUG